AUGACUGCCACUGGAGCAAGAGCCAUCGGCUCUGCCGCCUGGAUUGCGGACGAAAAGGAGAAUGUGACGCGUUUGAUGGAGCAGGAGCUCGAAGAGGUCGAAUUUCCCGUCCGCCAUGAGCUCGACUGGCUCAAUGAACACAUGGCCGAAAUCUUCUCCAAGAAUCAAUUCAACAUGACUGAGAUCCUCAAGACGCCGGGGAAAAUGCGAGGGAAAACCCCCCGCACCGCACGCAAGCGCAACCCGGACGACGCUCGUGUGCCGCUUACCGAGAUCUUUUCGAGCUCGAAUCAGAAAGCAAAACCUUCAAAGUUUGUGGCAUCCCUAGAAAAGUCAGCUGCAUUCUCGAAACCACCAACCAAAGCACCCGAGAAGCCUACUCCGAAAUCAGUUGAAGAACACACCGAAAAACACAUCCUCAAGCCAGCCAAGCAACCGGCUGAAGCGUCGACUGGAGUGCCUAGGGAGGACCGACAGGAAACAGAGGUAGAAGACCUCCCCGUCUCCAAAGGCAAAGAACCCAUGCGCGACCAAACUGUUAAUAAAGCACUCAACUCCUUCUCUACAUAUAAUAUCGACUCAGGUUAUCAUGGUCUCCCCGAUGAUGGCGAAGAAGAUGACGAUGAAGUUGUUUUGGCCGCAACACAAAUUCUGUCUGAUAUUGAAGACCCUGCGGGUACUCAGGCUGAGGCCGGCCCGUCUAUGCAGCCAAUGAAGAUAGAUAGGGUGCACAAAAUUCAAAGCAGAAAGAGCGAGUCGGUUGAUAGACGCACCACUGAUCAGUCAUUCCACUCCGCACAAGAAAAUAUUCGAUCCCGCGGCGAAACCGUGGAGCCCAUGGAUGUUGAUGAAGAUCAAGACGACAAAGCCGAUGAAGAUACGCCUCGUCCAUUUAAAGUGACACGGGACCUACCAGCUUCUCCGGAUAAGCCAGUGACGAUGUCCCAGGAACAGCCUGCUUUGAGCGACGGACGGGACCAGGAUGGAGACAUUGCUCUUGAUGACAACUUUGAUGAUAUUGGCUCUCCUUCUGACAAUUCAACACCCGUUCGCCCCCCUAUGAGGAAGAAGAGUAGUUUGAGUUUUGCGUCCCUGCCUGCUCGUGAACCAUUGAUGACCAAGAAAAGCAAUCCUCGUAUAUCUCGCACUAGUCAUGUGAAUAAUACCGUGAAGCAGACUGGUGCUGGACGCCAAAGCUACUUUGGUGGCCAAGCCGAAGGAUUCAAGUCGUCUACUUUUGGUCUUUCCAUGGACACAGAGGAGCAAUUCCAGGAGGAUUUGGAUGGAGAGAAGAAGGUCCGGUCCCUACAGAGUGAAUCUGAUACUGCUUAUGAGUCCACUAAACUUCAUAACAAGUCAUCGACUCAGCGACUUCAUGACAAGAUCAGUAUGCUCGGCAAGACUCAAGCACCAAGGACAACAAAAUCCAUCGCGCCAGUGACACAACCAGCUUCAUCUCAAGUCAACUACCCCGAUUUGCCUGGUAACAAGUUAAGUACUUUGAAUACCGAGCCUGCACCCACACUAGCGACAACAAACCAAGAAGACUGGAUCAAACCGUUGGAGUCACCCUAUAAGACGACUAUUCCGAAAAGCCAGACCGCCGAUAUUAUGGAGCUCGUUGCAGGCAAUGACACAGUUGGAAACCUGGAAAAAGGAAAGCUUGUACGGGCGGAAACUCUUCACGACCUGCGCGAGAAGCGUUCACCGACGCCGAAAGGCUCGGUUUUCUCUGCAUUUAGUCACCAUAAAUCGGCAUCUACAUCUACACCUCGACGCCCUGAACAGCCUGUUUUGCAUGCAUCCAACAUCGCGGAGGAAUCAACGACUCCUCCAGUUUCCCCAAAGCGACUGGACGGCACAUUAAGCGGACCGAAGUCAAAAUUCCAGUCAAUAAUGAAAUCAGCAAAGAACCUUUUCUCCAAUAGCGCCAGUAUUUCUGCAGCUGCUAAGUUGGAGAUAUUAUCAUCUCCUAGUGCCUCUCGCUCACAACCCAAUCUUUCGCACGCCUUUUCCAGUCCUCAAAGGUCCUCACCAGGACCGGAAAAACUUGCCACGCGGAAUCAAAGAGCCAUUGAAAACGAUAAAUUACAUCGAAGCGAAAAGGAACGUCAAGUGCUCGAGGAUCCUUUUGAAGAACCCCGGGUCCGCCAAGAAAAGGCACAGCCUACUAGCAAAUUAGAUAAAUUCGAGAAGACGCAGCCAAAGGAGCGUGACAUGCGUGAGCUUAUGGGUACGUCUCAUUCUACGCAACCAAACUCAUCAAAAACCCAACAAACACUCUUCCAAGCGGAAAGGGAAGCAGAGGUCGUUGCAGAUGUGGAACAUCAAUUUCCUCUUCCACCUACUACAUCUCAUCACCAUUCUCAACCUACCCAACCCGCUCAACCUACACAGUCUACAAAGACGAGGCCUAUUAAACCCACGAGGGAUGUUGUUCAGAAGCACAAGCCUCAACCAAUGGUCCCCGUGUCUAUUCGUGUCGGUAGCACGCUGUCGCGCAUGCCAAUGGCUUCAACAUCGUCUUACAUUCCAGAGUCCAACACAGCUUCGACAUCAACGGCUUCUAAACAGCCGACUCUUUCUAAAAAAGCUAGCAAUUCAUCUUUACAGACCACAGCUUCAAACUCUAGUUUUAAGAGUUCCGUGUCUAAUCAAUCACAGCGCAGAGCGCAAGUGGCGGCAUCUGCUGAGAAGAAGAAACAAGAGGAACGAGAAGCUGCUUUGCGCAAAGAAGAACAAAAAAAGCGAACAGCACAACAGAAGCAGCAGCAAGAGGAGACCCGACGGCAGGAACGAGAGCGCUCUGUCCUAGAAGAUCCCAAGAAAGCGGCCCAAAGACAGGCUAUCGAGCAACGUCGACUAGAAAAUUCGCGCAUGAGACAAGGAAGUCAGCCGCCGAAAUCGGCAAAUGAUAUGAGUUCUAUCGUACAGCAGGACAAGGCUACAGGCCCGGCACGGCCACCCUCGCGUUUGGGCUCAACAAUACAGCCAUUUACUCGAUCCAUCACUCAGCCCCCAACUAACCCAGCCAAGCCGGCGAAAAGACCUCUAGAAGAGGGAUCUCAGGCCCGACCCGCAGCAUCUGCUUAUCGUUCCGGAGAACAAACAGCCGAGACGAAGAGAAGGAGGACUGAAGAUGAGUACAAUCAGCAAUUUAACCACCCCCCCCCACUGAAGCAGCAACCCAUUCGGAAGGAAAAUGCGAAGCCUUCUCUCAUGGGCCACGGCUAUCCACAAGCCCCUCUGCCUGCAGCUCAUCACCAACCAGGUGGUUCGGUGUAUAAAACCGCGCCCGUGCAGCCAGGUGCAGCGGGCCGACCACUGAAGCACGGAGCUCCCAUUGAUAUGACACAAUACACCAGUGGAAAGAUUCCAUUUGCUCCGACGAACCCCGCUGGGACGACAACACACAAGACUCCUGGUCACAAGACACCCAAUACAGGCCCUCAGCGUGUAGUCUCGAAAGCAUCCCCGCAAUAUCCACCAAGCGAGACCAUCCAUCUGCCCGAACCUCCUACUGAUAGCGAGGAUGAAGACUCAGAUGCAGACAUACUUCCAGUAGCUCCUUGGGCGGAUCCGGCAAAGCUGCAAGAGAAAUUGCGUGAGCAAGAAACGUUACUAACGGAUGAUAUUUUCGGACCCGUACCAGUGUUUAACGUAGAGGAGGUAUUCAAAUUUGACAAGAAGCUGAAAAGGUUCCGGGAGCGGACAAGCAGUGCUAACUGGGGUGGCCCGGACGGCCUGACGGAGGAAGAGAUCAACAGAGACUUGGCAGCAAGACAUCGUUUGCGCACGAAUGGCCAAUGGUCACACAAUGUAUCGAACUGA